UCAUUUGAAUGACAUUAGGAGGCGACCGAUGAUCGGUCUCUGUUGAGAGACGACUCUCAAACAAAGCAAUGCCCAGACCAUCCGUAAUUAUUGAAACAGACUUGUGACCACACAGGUCUGCUUUCUUUUACAUGAGCUAACGUUACCACAUACGUAGCUAGAUUGCUUACUUCAGAUUUCACAUCGUCAACGAAUUAAGUUCAGGCACUGAACAAGACGGACUGAGGAGUCACAGUGAGGACCUGAUUCUUUUUCGACUGACAGAAACGCACUGCACAGAGCCGCCAUGUUGACAAGACUGUUCCGCAUACAUGGCCUCUUCGUGGCCUCCCACCCCUGGGAAGUGAUCGUGGGGACUGUGACUCUCACCAUCUGCAUGAUGUCCAUGAACAUGUUCACUGGCAACGACCAGAUCUGCGGCUGGAACUACGAGUGCCCCCUGCUGGAGGAGCAAAUACUAAGCAGUGACAUCAUCAUCCUAACCAUCACCCGGUGCAUAGCCAUCGUUUACAUCUAUUUCCAAUUCCAGAAUCUGCGGCAGCUGGGUUCUAAAUAUAUACUGGGCAUUGCUGGUCUUUUCACCAUAUUCUCCAGUUUUGUAUUCAGCACGGUUGUCAUUCAUUUCCUGGAUAAAGAACUCACAGGCCUAAAUGAGGCUCUGCCGUUCUUCCUGCUCCUGAUUGACCUCUCCAAAGCCUGCGCUCUUGCUAAGUUUGCUCUCAGCUCCAACUCCCAGGAUGAAGUGAGGGACAACAUCUCCCGUGGAAUGGCCAUCCUGGGCCCCACGUUCACUCUGGAUGCCCUGGUGGAGUGCCUGGUGAUUGGAGUCGGUACCAUGUCAGGUGUGCGUCAGCUGGAGAUCAUGUGCUGCUUCGGCUGCCUGUCUGUCCUGGCCAACUACUUUGUCUUCAUGACCUUCUUCCCCGCCUGCGUCUCCCUGGUCCUGGAGCUGUCCCGGGAGAGCCAGGAGGGACACCCCAUCUGGCAGCUGAGCCACUUCUCCCGAGUUCUGGAGGAGGAGGAGGACAACAAGCCCAACCCCGUUACCCAGAGAGUGAAGAUGAUUAUGUCUCUAGGCCUGGUGCUGGUCCAUGCUCACAGCCGCUGGAUUGCAGAGCCCAUCUCCAGUAACAGCACAGUGGAGAUGUCCCGCAUGGGCCUGGGCCUGGACCACAGCAUGCCCAAGAGGAUCGACCCUGAGAAGCCCCUGUGGCAGUUCUACUUGUCCAGGAUGGUCAGCAUGGACGUGGAGCAGGUGGUCACUCUGGGGCUCGCUCUCCUCCUGGCCAUAAAGUACAUCUUCUUCGAGCAGGCAGAGACAGAAUCCUCCCUGUCCCUGAAGAACCCAAUCACCGGCCAUGCCCUGAUCCAGAGGCGGAGCCAGGAGGACUGCUGCAGGAAAGACUCUGCCCCCCCCAAAUCCCCCCAAAGGAGCAUCCCACAGGCCGUGGAGCCCACCAAAGAGGAGAGAGCCGAGGUGAUCCGCCCUCUCUCCGCGGUGAAGGAGCCAAAGAGUAUGUUUGUGGUGGGUGGGGAGGAUGCAGCAUUCGACCCCCCCGCAGAGUCCCUCCCAUACCUGCCCACCGAACCUCGAGCCAUCGAAGAGUGUGUUUCCAUCCUGAGGAACCCAGAGAAGGGCCCCCGGUUCCUGAGUGAUAUGGAGGUGAUCUCUCUGGUGAAUUCUAAGCACAUCCCGGCAUACAAGCUGGAGGCCAUGAUGGAGACCCCGGAGCGAGGGGUGGUCGUCCGCAGGAAGAUGCUCUCCUCCAAACUUCCCAGUACCUCUGCACUGACCUGCCUGCCCUAUAGAGAGUAUGACUACAGUAAGGUGUUGGGGACCUGCUGCGAGAACGUGAUUGGCUACAUGCCUGUUCCAGUAGGAGUGGCCGGACCGCUGCUCCUGGAUGACAAGCAGUUCCAGGUUCCCAUGGCAACAACGGAGGGCUGUUUGGUGGCCAGUACCAACCGAGGGUGUCGAGCGAUAGCUCUGGGGGGUGGGGCGAACAGCCGGAUCCUGGCGGAUGGGAUGACCCGGGGGCCCGUGGUGCAGCUUCCCUCUGCCUGCCGGGCGGCCGAGGUGCGGGCGUGGCUGGAGAGCAAGGACGGCUUCGCCAGCAUCAAGGAGGCCUUCGACAGCACCAGCAGGUUCGCCCGCUUACAGAACCUGCUGAUCGGACUGGCCGGGCGGAACCUGUACAUCCGCUUCCAGUCGUGCACCGGAGACGCCAUGGGCAUGAACAUGAUCUCCAAGGGAACGGAACAGGCUCUCUCCAGGCUGCGGGAGGAGUUUCCUGAGCUGCACGUCCUGGCUGUGAGUGGGAACUUCUGCACCGACAAGAAACCAGCCGCCAUCAACUGGAUCCAGGGCCGUGGGAAGUCCGCUGUGUGCGAGGCGACUAUUCCCGCUAAAGUGGUUAAAGAGGUCCUGAAGACCAGCACAGCUGCUCUUGUAGAUGUCAACAUCAACAAGAACCUGGUAGGCUCUGCCAUGGCCGGCAGCAUCGGAGGCUACAACGCCCAUGCAGCCAACAUUGUAGCCGCCAUCUUCAUCGCCUGCGGCCAGGACCCAGCGCAGACGGUGAGCAGCUCUAACUGCAUCACGCUGAUGGAGGCAGCUGGUCCCACAGGCGAGGACCUUCACAUCAGCUGCACCAUGCCUUCCAUUGAGCUGGGCACUGUGGGGGGCGGCACCAACCUGCCCCCCCAGCAAGCAUGCCUACAGAUGCUGGGGGUUCAGGGUUCGAACGCAGACGCCCCAGGGGAGAACGCACGGCAGCUGGCGAGGGUGGUCUGUGCCACUGUCCUCGCCGGGGAGCUGUCCCUCAUGGCUGCGCUCGCCGCCGGACACCUGGUCAAAAGUCACAUGACCCACAACAGGUCAAAGGUUGACUUGCAGGAAGGUACUGGAACGUGCACAAAGAAAGCAUCGUGAAGUGUGUGGUGGAUUCUGGGAGUUCUCCGUGGCCAGUGGAAGGAAGAAGACGACAGUGCAAGCUUGUUUAGGGCUGGUUUUAACGUCACAUUCCACCCUGCUUUACAGAGUGGGGAAACAUCCAGUCUGGUCAUCUAUAUAAGCUGUAAUCGGUGCCAUUUGCCUGGUGACUGAACGUGGGUUUGUCGAGUAUUUUCAUGUCUGCACUGUCAAAAUGUUUUAAAUUUGCCUUUCUGAGAAGAUUUCUCGAUUUUAUUUUUUGGUGAACAGGGUCCAGAUGGUGUUUCUUUUUAUUUAAUUUUUUUUAUUUAAGGUAACUAACAGAAAUGCCAUUUAUGUACAAACCUUGUGCCAUAAUGCAGUUCACCAGUUUGGAUUAGAAUUCUGUAAUUGGACAGAAUCUAGAGUUCUGCAGAUAAUGCCUAUACAGAAAAUGCAGCAUGACUUGCUUAAAAUAAGUUGUAUCAACUGGAAGUACUGUAUGGUACGAAAAGAAGAUUAAAAAAAAUACUCUGGUAUAAAUGUAUUAAUGCUGGAUGUAUUUUUUAAAGUGUAGAAAUGAAAUAAUAUAUGUUGGAUCAAGAAAAUUAAUCUUCAGGUAUCAUUGUUGUACAUUGGAUUUUGUACUUGCGUGCAAAUACAGCCAGUAUAUGCAGAGAGUAAAAUGAAGUGAUUGAGAAAGUGAACAAAUGGGAUUGUUAAACUAAACAUUCAAUUUUAUUUUAAAAGUUUGCCUUUCAGGAGCUAGAAGUAGCAUGGCAGUAAAGAGAAAAUGUUGCAGAGAAAAUACUUUGAUGUUAAGAUGGGAAAGUGUAUGUAAGCACAAAUGAUUUCAAAAAGGUGCUAAAAUUAGGUUCAGAAUUUGGUUUGCUUUCUUUUCCUGCUCCUUAGUGUAUGAUAGUGUUGUACACAGCAUUAGUAUGCCCAUGUCCUACACAAGCCCAACUGCUGCCUUUCAAACCUGACUGGGUGUCACUAACUGGUUUGACUGUAACAGUCACUUAUAGCCGGUAGUGCUAUAUCACUUCCUGGAUGUGCUCGCCCUGGACCCUGUCACCACCGCACCACGUCCUGCUUCGGCUGGUCAGAAGCGUAGAAGGGGGCUCUGUGUCGGCUACACGCACCCAUAUUUAUUUAGAAACACUAUGAUGGCCGUCACUGGAUAUGUGCUGAGGUCAGAGGAAUAAAUGGUCAUAUCACCUUCUGCUUUUGUAAACUUUUUUUUGUAAUAAAACAAAAAGGGAAUUUGCAAUAAACAUCAACACACUUUCAUCAACAUUUUUCUGGUGUAUUUCUUUUGCCUGCUUGCUAUACAUUACAAUUCACUGACCAUUUAUUAGUUUCAACACAGUGGAAUUGUCCAUCAACUUGGAUACUGCUUCUUUAAGUUGUACUGUAAAUUGGCCAUUUAAAAAUGACAUAAAGCAAUUAAAAAAAUUCAAGCAUA